UUUGAAGAACAGCUUAUAGCCAUCAAAUAACUUGUCCCUUUUUUCUCCCUCUUUCUUUAUUAUACUUAUGGAAGCAAUAAGGAUUGUUACGAAUGGUAUCCUGUGUUCUAUUGCACUAUGGGGGCAUUCAACAUGCAUUGUAGCCAUUCAAUGGCUCUCCAUUUUUAUCUGGCCUUUCUCUCUAAAAUACUAUUACAAGUUCCAUGCACAUUUAAUGAGGCAGUGGGCUCAGAAUUUGUUUCAAGUGAUGCAUAUGUUUGCACCGGGAGAACUCAUUAUCACAUUUGAUGAAAGCUGUACAGAAGGAAACUCUGAAUUUACGGAGCACGAUACAGAAGCAUUAGAAAAGAUCUUGACUCGUAACAAGCAUGGUGAAGUAGUUGGAAUAUCUUUUCCCGAGAAACUGAUUAUGAUUGCUAAUCAUCAGAUUUAUGCAGAUUGGAUUUAUAUUUGGUUUUUAGCUUAUUUGUCUAAAGCACACGGAUCAUUGAAGAUCAUGUUGAAAUAUAGUUUGAGUCUUGUACCUAUUUACGGAAUGGGCAUGAAAUUCUUUGAAUUCAUCUUUUUAAGACGCAAGCUUGAAUACGACAAGGAUAAUAUUAUCAAUAACCUUCAAAAAACUAAAAAAAGAAAUCGCCCAUUAUGGCUUGUUUUGUUUCCUGAAGGAACAGUUAUUUCUGAUGAUGCCCGUCAAAAAUCAAAAAAUUAUGCUACUAAGCUUCACAUGGAUGACUUUAAAUUUACGCUUUUGCCUAGAACAACAGGCCUAAUGUUAUGUAGAGAUACACUCGAUAAUAGUGUAGAAUGGCUUUAUGAUCUUACCAUUGCCUAUCCCGGUAUAGAGCCCGGAGAAAAUCCAGAAGAUGUCAUGACCAUGAAACGUAUUUUUUGUGAGGGUAAUGGACCUCAUAAGAUCCAUAUUCAUAUUCGUCGAUACCGUUUGGACACUCUACCUUCAGGCACAGAAAACUUCACUCAAUGGUUACUGGAGCGUUGGGCAGAAAAAGACAAGCGUCUUGUCUAUUUCAAUCAACAUGGCAGCUUUCCUGAAGAAAGCGAUCUGGACAAUGAUCGUUGGUUGGGCCAUCAUAGGACAAUCAAAGUCCAACUCGCAUUACAGCAUGUCUUGCGUGAAUGCUUUGGUUAUUGGUUCUACUUUAUCUUGUAUAUCCCUAUUAUCUUCUUAAUUCGUUACUUGUUUACUUUCAUUUAUGCAACUUAUUUUCAAUAACAAGUCACU